AUGAACGCUGUAGUCCCCUCUGCCAAGUCCACGACGAUACCAACGCUUUUCCGUCGCAAUCGUUCUCGUGUCAAAGAGUUGCUAUCUAGUGGUUUAAAACUUGAGGGAAAGAGUGUGACCGUGAAAGGAUGGGCCAAGACGCUACGGGAGGCUGGAGCUGGAGCUUUUGCAUUUCUCGAGCUGAAUGACGGUUCAUGUUUUGCUGGUGUCCAGUGUGUCAUUAACAAGGGGGAGACGGAUGGUUUUGAAGACGCAAUUGCGUCAGGUGGUGUUGGGGCGAGCUUUAGUGUCGAAGGCAUCGUUGUCAAGUCUCCGGCCAAAGGCCAAGAGAUCGAACUUAAGGCUACAAAGGUUACUGUCUACGGUGGUGUACCUGAUAGUGCCACGUAUCCUAUGAGCAAAAAACGCCACUCUCUCGAACAUUUACGUAUGCACGCACACUUGCGUCCACGAUCGAACAUUCAUGGCGCAGCAAUGCGUGUACGCAAUGCUAUGGCAUUUGCCACACACGAGUUUUUCAAACAGCGUGGCUUUUUAUACAUUCACACUCCGAUUAUCACAGAAUCGGAUUGCGAAGGUGCUGGAGAGAUGUUUAGUGUAACGACAUUACUGAGUCAACAUCCUGAUGGCAAGUUGCCGCUGACGAAAGAGAACAAGGUCGAUUACACGAAAGACUUUUUUGAUCGGCCAUCGUAUUUAAGUGUAUCCGGACAACUUAAUGUCGAGACACAUUGUUGUGCCUUGUCAGAUGUAUACACUUUCGGUCCGACAUUUCGAGCGGAGAAUUCUAACACAUCACGUCAUUUGGCCGAAUUUUGGAUGAUUGAGCCCGAAAUCGCGUUUGCAGACCUCAAUGAUGACAUUGAUCUGGCUGAAGACUAUCUCAAGUACUGCGUACAGUACGCAUUAGAUCACUGCCCGGACGAUUUGGAUUUUUUUAACAAAAAUGUAGAAAAAGGAUUACUCGACCGACUAUCUGCCACUGUUGCGUCACCAUUUGUACGCAUUUCUUACACUGAUGCAGUCGAGUUGUUGCUUCAACCAGAACAUUUGAAAGCUGGGAAGUUUUCUGUUAAACCAGUGUGGGGUACCGAUUUCGGUUCAGAGCACGAGCGGUACUUGACCGAAACAGUGUAUAAGAAACCGGUCGUGAUUUUCAAUUACCCGAAAGAGUUCAAGAGCUUUUACAUGCGUCUAAAUGAUGAUAACAAGACAGUAGCAGCUGCAGACGUGCUGGUUCCAAAUGUUGGAGAAAUUAUUGGUGGAUCGGCACGUGAGGAACGUCUGGAUGUGCUGGAGGCACGUAUUCGCGAGUCGGGUGCAAACCCGGAUGAUUAUAAAUGGUACCUGGAACUGCGCAAGUAUGGUACAGUGCCUCACGCUGGCUUUGGACUUGGCUUUGAGCGUCUUAUUCGUUACGUGACUGGCAUUGAGAACAUCCGUGACGUGAUUCCAUUCCCUCGUUGGCCAGGCAAUGCUUCGUUUUGA